AAUUUUAAAAAGAUGUUUAGUUUUCAAAAACAGGAAAUUUAGUUUUUAAAAGCAAUGCUUUAUGAAAAGUUUGUACAGGUUGGUAGAGUAGCUUUUAUAAGUGAAGGAAAAUAUCAAGGGAAAAUUUGCUGCAUUGUUGAUGUCAUAGACCAAAAUAGAGCUUUAAUAGAUGGUCCAUGUUCUGAAGUGCCUCGCAUGCCUAUGAAUUUUAAAAAACUUCAAUUAACUAAAUUAAUGAUAAAAAUAGGUCAUUCUGCUCGUAGUAAGAUAGUAAAAGAACAAUGGCAUAAAGAUGAAAUCACUCAAAAAUGGAAAGAAUCAACAUGGGCAAAAAAUAGAGAAGCGGGAACAAAAAGAAUGGAAUUGAAUGAUUAUGAAAGAUUUAAAUUAAAGGAAGCAAAAAGACUUAGAAAUAACCUGGUUAGCACAGAAGUCAAAAAAUUAAAAAGAAAUUUAGUGGAGAAGAAAUUAAAAUCAAAGCCUAAAAAAUAAUUCAUUAAUAUAAUAUUAAUGUUAUAUAUUUAAUAAAUAUUAAAGUAUUU